UUUAAUUUAUCCAUAAUCUCAACAAUGGCUGCUAUUUAUCAAUCUUGUAGCUUGUUGAAUACAAUUACAAUUACAUUGAUGCUCAUAAUCAUUGGAAAGCCAGCUCUAGUCAUGGGCACAUUUCAACCUAGUCAGUGGACCCCUGCUCAUGCCACAUUUUAUGGUGACGAGACCGCUUCUGCCACCAUGGGAGGAGCAUGUGGGUAUGGAAAUUUGUUUGUGAAUGGUUAUGGGACAGACACAGCAGCAUUGAGUUCAACAUUGUUUAAUAAUGGAUAUGCAUGUGGGACUUGUUAUCAAAUAAAAUGUGUCAAAUCGAGUGCAUGUAACACUAACGUGCCUUAUACUACAGUCACUGCUACAAAUCUUUGCCCCCCUAAUUGGUCUGAGGCCUCUGAUUAUGGUGGAUGGUGCAACCCACCACGUUCACAUUUUGAUAUGUCUAAGCCUGCUUUCAUGAAAAUUGCACAGUGGAAGGCUGGUAUUGUCCCUAUUAUGUAUCGCAGAGUACCUUGUGCAAGAAGUGAAGGGUUUAGAUUCUCUUUCCAAGGAAAUGGGUAUUGGUUAUUAGUGUAUGUGAUGAAUGUGGGAGGUGGAGGAGAUAUUGCCAACAUGUGGGUGAAAGGAAGCAAAACAGGAUGGAUUAGCAUGAGCCACAAUUGGGGUGCUUCUUACCAAGCAUUUGCAACACUUAGUGGCCAAACUCUUUCUUUUAAGGUUACUUCUUACACAACUAAAGAAACUGCAAUAGCAUGGGAUGUUGCUCCUUCCAACUGGGCUGCUGGAUUAACCUAUUCCACACAUAUCAAUUUUCAUUGAAAUUUUGUAUAAUUACCUUUUCUGUUCAUUUACUUGUUUAAACACUAUGGUUAUUUUUAUCUUAUUUGAUAAAUUUCCCACAAAAGAAGCAUAUGGUCAUUGUCAAGAGACUAUUUUUUUUUAUAGGUCAAAU